CAUUUUCACUCAGAUUUUCAUUUUUCUGCCCAAAUUUCUCAAUUUUUGAUCUUCCCUUUCACUAUUUAUGGUAAUUGAGCUGCUUGAUUUGAGAAAUCUAGUCAGACUCAGAAUGGGACAAGACAUCCGGAUGACAUGACAUCAGAUAUCUGACCUCUGAUAUCGGCGGAGAAGUCAGAAAAAUGUGACCAUGCCAAGUUUAGCGAAGUUUGUUGCUACUCUUUUGGUGGUUUGUUCAUUCAUCAGCUGCCAGACAUCGGAUAAAAAUGAUAAAACGACAGCUGAGGGACUCAAAUGUGAUGAGCUCCGGAUGGGACAAUAUAAAUGUGAUGAACCCAUCAUUGAUUUCAAAACUCAACAGCCGGCCGGCUGCAGCAAAAACAAGCGUUCAGUUCCUGUGAAAUGUUAUCCAGCAGAAGGUGUUGUUUGUAAUGGGGGUGAUGAUUUCUUUACCAAGGAAGUGCCUUGUGAAUGGACGGAAGGUAAAUCCUUUGAGACCGCAUUGCUUCUAUCCAUUUUCCUGGGGAUGUUCGGCAUUGACCGAUUCUACCUCGGAUACCCAGCUUUAGGCUUGUUGAAAUUCUGUACCCUUGGCUUCAUGUUUCUGGGACAACUUGUCGACAUUCUCCUAAUUGCGAUGCAGGUUGUUGGACCAGCUGAUGGAUCUAACUACAUCAUCGACUAUUAUGGUGCUAAGAUUACGAAGGUGAUGCGGGACAAUGACACUGAUCUAUUCUGAACAUUAGCAAUAACUUUUGAGGACGAAGUCAAGCUGUUUGGUUUCAUUGUCUCAAACAAAAUCCACGAGUCAAGAUGUGAGAUUGUUUUUUAUCAAUUAGGACAAAGAGAGACUGCAUUAUUCACGAAUAGAUGAUGAAUUGGUCUGUGGUAUCUGUGUGCAUUGAGUCUAAAAUUGAAGUUCAAAUGUGAUAUGAGCUGACCAUAAACCGAAAAUUCAUGGAUUGAUUUUGGAUGCCUCUGUCCACAGCUGGCAUAUCUGUGUGUUCAGUGAUGCUGCAUUGGAGUGCUUCAAAUGAGACCGUUGUGUAACUCGUUCCAUUGAGACUAUAAAAACUGGUGAUAACAUCAGAAAAAAGGAAAAUCCUACUUCUUCUAUUAUAUCAUCCCUUAUUACAAGAAUAAGAUCACUUAUUUUAUGAAUAUGGGACCUUGGUGCGUGUAUUAUUAUGGCUAUUGUAUAAAUAGAUAUCAAAGCUUUCACAACAUUAUGUAUAUAAAGUUCCUUCAUUCCAAGUAUUUAUUUGUAAUAAAUCGUCUU